UGUUUUUUUUUUGUUCUCAACUAACAUAGGUUAAAUUAAAAGAAGCUAUAGCUACAUUUCUAAGGAGUUUUUUUUAUAAUUGAAUAAGAUACUAAUUUAAAUUUGAAAUAAAAAAAAAAAUUUAUUAUGUCGAUCGGUGUCCCAAUAAAAGUUCUUCAUGAAGCUGAAGGUCAUAUAGUAACAUGCGAGACAAUAACCGGCGAAGUUUAUCGGGGUAAAUUAAUUGAAGCUGAGGACAACAUGAAUUGUCAACUAACACAAAUCACAGUAACAUAUCGAGAUGGUAGAACAGCUAAUUUAGAAAACGUGUAUAUUCGCGGAUCUAAAAUACGGUUUCUUAUACUGCCGGAUAUGUUAAAGAAUGCCCCAAUGUUUAAGAAGCAAGCUGGAAAAGGUGGAACAGCUGGUAGAGGAAAAUCUGCUAUAUUACGAGCGCAAGCCAGAGGAAGAGGACGUCAACAACCUGGACGUGGAGGUCCAGCAGGUCCGGUUGGUGGGCCAGGCCGCGGAACAUGGCAAGGUGGUCCUACUGGUGGAAGAGGAAGGGGAGGUCUCUAAAGUUUUUUUUAUGUAACAUAAUUUUAUAAAGGAAUCUAUGUAACAUUAUAUAGGUUUUACCUAUAAAAACCCAAAUUUACAAUAUUGAGCUAAAUUUAUGUUUUGAAUUAGAUGUAUUAACAUAUAAAUCGUACCUAGAUACAAGUCAUAAUGAAAUGAAAAUAAAUUUGUAAUAAAGGAUUAUAAAUACAUUCAUA